CGCCGUCCGUCAUCGCGGCCGAGGGCUGGCGGGCCAACAGCAGUCAGGGGCGGUAUCCCACCAGGCUACACCGGAUUGAGCCGGAGGAAAAAUAAAGAAAAAUAACCCGUUUGCUGCUGAUUCAUAACCCUUUGUUGAGCACAGCUAAAAAAAAAAAAAGAAAAAUCCAAAAAAAUUAUAAAAGAAAAGUUCUAAAAAAAAAAGUAGAUUUACUUUUUUCCCCCCACUCUUUAAUGUUGUUUUAUCUGUUCUCGAGAUUCGUGUUAAGUGGUUGUUUUGCCAUCACGAUUACCUCUGAUCUUUGAAGAAUAUUCCUAAAAGUUACACUGCUUGAAAUCACUUUUUGGUUCUCGCCGAAUCCUUUUUCAUCACCUUGAGUGUUGUGAUUGGUGUCUUGUUUCACAAUUAACCGGAAAAUGUGCUUUCGUAAAAUUAGAUCGAGAAUGUCUGUACUGUAAGGUAUUUGUACAUUGUUUCUAAACUGCUCCGGGAAGAUUCAGACCCAGGCUGAGACAGUCGCACAAAUUUUGUCAAAUUUGAGAAUAGUGGGAGUAAUUUCCUCACCUUUUUCUGUUCGGCAAGUUUGUCACACAGUCAUAAAUACUAUUUUUAAUCACAGGGUUUUUUUAAGGAAUAAGUGGUUGCAGAGAAUUCCUAUCACAAAUAAGAAAGCAUUAAGAUCAUUUUCACACUCAAGAUGUAAACGUUAAUCAAUGAAUUUUUACGGGGCAGUCGUAGAGCAGAUUCUCUCUUUAAAAAGUAAUUUAAAAAACGUUUCCUUUGCGGAAAAUAGAAAAAAAAGUUUUUCUUUACAAAAUCUGCUUAAUUUUUCACCUUUCCUUUGUUCUUCAUUAAUUGCAACCUUGCUAUUUUUGCAGAGGGCUCUUUUCGAAGCCUGAAUGUGAUAACCGCCUCUGUACUGCUGAAGACCUGGCACUUAAAAAUAAAACACAAGUCUCCACCAUUUUCCCUUGUCCUGUUGCACGUUUUUCACCUGGGGGUUGGUUAAAGUUUUAAGAACUGAAAGGGAAUUUUGACGGGGAUACUGUGUGGCAUAAUGCUAGUUAUCCAUUUAGAGCCAUACAUAAACUGCUUCAGUACAAAAUUUUAAACGGACUAUUAUACCUCAGAAAAAUUGAAGUGGGAUAAUACAGGGAUGUAUUCACAAUGUAACACACAUAAAGGAUCACUAUUACACUUAUUCUGGUAUUGUCAGCACAUACAGUCAUCCUGGUCCUCCACAGUGGGGAAAGCUCUCAGGUACCUAAGUAUCUCAAUUCCACUUACUCCCAUUGCAUGUUUCCUUGGUGAUUUAUCAAAGGUUAAUGCAGCAAUUCAAUAUAAAAAUACUUUCUAGACUCUGUAUUAUUGCUAAAAAAUCAAUACUGCAAAAAUGAGUGGACAGUACAGGACUGUAUGAAGAAUGGAUGAUAAGACUGUAUCAAGUCAUUUCAUAUAAUUUACAGGGGAAACUUGAGUGUAGGAAUGUUUGGGGCCCAUUAGAGACACUUGGAUGGCACUGGAUGUUAAGAAUAUUAGUAGGAUGUUUUUGAAUGAAUUCUUUGAAGGAAGUUUAUGGAUUAAAUUUGUGUGUGUGAAUGUAAGAAUUGUUUUGUCUGAUAAGAACAAAAAUGAGAAAGUGAGGGGAAAAAAGUCCUCCAAAGUUGGGGUGGAGGUGGGAUUAAGAAAAAAAAAAGAACUGAAAGGGAAUUUGUUAAUCUCUAAAUGAGUCCGUCACAUGCUUUGUAUAUCACAUGUAGCAGGGCAGUCGCUUCGACUGGAACGUUUGGCAGUAGCUAGGCUCUUCGGGAAGCCUGGGAAAGUCUGUUCCUCAGACAUCUUGCUGCUCUGCUGCUGCUGAGGAAGACAAGAGCUCAAUACUCAAGGUCAUGUCACGACAUAAAUUGAUUUGUAUUUUCUUCACUCAUAAUUUAGCAUUGGUGGCUAAUUCCAGCUAAACUUUUGGAAGCUUUUGUUCUUGGCCAUACGUAUAUGGGUUUAUAAAAGUCAGCUGUUGACAGUCGUGCACACACCUUGAAGCACCGAGUGCUGGGUGUGUCCAUCUUUUACGACCAUUCUUGGCCUUCAACAUCAUUACAACUGUAUUGCUAUUUGGCUGAUGGCUUUCAGCCCAAGCAACUUUCAAAAUGAUAUUUUUACCUAGAUUUUGGUACCCAUUUACUGUAUGUUGCUGGGAUCGCUGGCACAAUGUGAUUUCACCCCUUGAUCUCCUCGUUAGGGGUUCAGAGCCCUUAUCACGGAUUUAUGAAAAUUAUAAGUAACUUUUCAAAAGCUUGGCAUGUGCACUUCACAGAACGUGCCAUGUCAGAGAGCAUUUCUAGCUAAAGGAAGAGUCCAAAUUAAAACAGCCUUAGCCUUUGAUUUUGCAAAGUAAGGGAAUAUGCAUUUUAUACAGGGUGAAUCAGACGUCUUGACCAGCAGUGGAAAUUAAAUACCAUCUUUUAAUUAUUAUUCAUUUGGUUGCCAUUAACAUCCAUACACUUUAAUACUUGCCAAAAUGUUGUUGUUGUUGUUUUUAUUUCAAUGUUGCGUAAGACGCAAAACCCUGAGUGUGUGGAUUCUGAGUGUUUUCCUUCAUUACUGAGCUAUAAACCACAGAUUUCACGUGUUCCCAUAGGAAAAAGUGUGGUGGUCUAGUGAACUGUGGGGUCAACGCACUCUUUCAUUUCACAAACUGAGGCCCAUACAAAUGAAUGACGCCACCCUCUCUUCAAAAAUGUGUUUAAAAAUUGUAUUAAAAAGCCAAGUAUCUAUUUUUGGCAUAGUUUAGGAAAUUCGAAUCCGAUACUUGCUAUAAAAUUCGGUUUAUUUUUCUGUCCGCCGAGCUUGUCAAUCAACACUCAGGUAUGCAGUCACAGGUGGGGUCAGUGAUCGUCUGAGGGAGGAGUUUCACUUGGGAGCGCUCGAAACUUUUGUACAGUAACACACGUUCCGCGUAACCAAAACCGGGAGUUAAGAGUAAAAGCUUUUCUUCUCCAUUUAGCCUGGAGGAAUGGCAACAGAAUUUAGUCAAGCUUCAGUUUUGGAUUUUCUCUGUCGCCGGGGAGGAAAGGUAAAAAACGCGGAUCUGCUUAGACACUUCCAUGCAUUUCUCCGGGAUCCCGAAAAGCAGGCGCAGAACAGGGAUCUGUUUAAGAGGUUUGUGAACUCCGUGGCCGUGGUGAAGAACGAAGGCGGAGUGUCGUCCGUUGCCUUGAAAAGAAAAUACAGAGACCUGGUUCCAGACUUCAGCUCCGCGGUUUCGUCUUCAGGAGAAACGGAAGACUCUGGGUUGGGAGAGACUUUUACAAACAGGCGGGACCUGAACAGAAAACCCGAGAAAGGUCAGAGUUUUAAACCAUCCGAUAGCAGAGCGAAACGGAAUGCCAGCGAAAAGCCUGGCGUUUUAGACGCGCUAAACGAGGAUUCAACCCUGUGCUCAGCAGCCUUUCUUAGCAAUAAUGUUGCGGUUGCUAAUCCCAGAGUCUCAGGAGAAUCUCCCGUUCUGUAUACUACAGAAAAAACACCGUCCUCGAAAACCGACGUAAUUAAAAGCCGCUGCAUUUCUCAGUCGUCUCCGGUUAGCAUCAAACCACCGUUGGCAGAUUACAGUAAGAAGAGCUUCAGGGCUGCAGAGGUGAGCGUACCCAAGGCAGAGCGCCCAGCAGCCCCUAUCCGCUCAAAGCAACCCGCAUUUGACGGGGGCACAAAUGAAAAUAUUUGCUGCGCUAAAACCCGCCAGUCAGAAGCAGCCGAGAGUAAGCACAGCCAGGAGUCCAAAGACUGUGAGAGGAAGUUCUUCAGCCACCCAGCUCACCCGUGCAAUCGGAACAAGGCCCUUGGAAAUGCGGAUUUUACUGAGAAUAAUCCACAAAGACACUGCAAUGAAAGGGUGGGUCACAGAGCUUUAGACUCUGCCCGUUCUUUAUGGUCCUCGCAUUCCAGACUCUCAGCAAAUCCCCGAAUUUCAGGUUCUUCCCCUUGUGUAUCAGCCUUCCCUGCAGCUGAAAAUGGCCUGAUUGCCACCCAAGCGACAGCACACAGCACAUCCCAUCUGUCUAGCCCAGGAGACCUUCAGGCCCCCAGCAGCAUCUGUUGCGAGCCCUCUGCGAACAGUGGGGAGGAGGAGCAGAUCAGUUUGCGUCCUCUGCACUAUGCUUUGCCCCCGGAAGCCCCCAUAAGACCCUCUGCUAAAACAUCAGCGUUGUGCAGCCAGAGUGGGCUGUCGGCCAGUCACGGGAAUCUUCUUCAGCCCACCUACGCCUGCGCGGAGGAUGCAGAGAGCCCUCAAAGGUUGCCGGGAGAUGAGUGGGGGAGUAUCGAUGGUCUCAAUUCAAAGGGCCUUGCUCGUACCAGGCAGAGCAAAGUCUUGGAUAUGCUCCAGCGCGCAGAGAGAAAAGUUGACGACUGGCACGGCUUGAUGGGCAACUUUCCAAGCCAGGACACAUGGGCACCCCCUCUUGGAGGAGAAUCUGGGCCUCUGGUGCCCCUGCGGGCAGGCAACAGGAAAGAGAAGGACAGACUCAGGAGCAGAAAGUGCCGCAGCAUGGGCGCCGAUUUAGACUGGUCUUUCUCCGGUGAGGAAACCUCAGGUAAGCACAGCAGGCUUCUCCUGCUGUCCUCCUCCCUGGGCCUCGGUCCAGCUCUCGCUCCGAGAGCGCGCGCGCAGAGCUACAGAGAGAUCUCCCAGGGGGACGCCUCCCGAGCCAGACCGGUGGCGGCGCAGGAGGGCGCGUACCGAUACCGGAGCACGCCGGUGCCCCUGGACUCCAGAGAACACGACUGGCUGGUGAAGGCGGCCGCCGGUACCUGGACUGAGAUAUACAGCUUAUUCAGGGAGCAGCCCAGCCUGCUCGGCAAGAAGGACUUCGUUUCCGGGUACACGGUGCUGCAUUGGAUAGCCAAGCACGGGGACCACCAGGUGCUCAAUACCCUGUGGUACGGUGUGAGUAAGGCAGGGCUGGAGCUAGAUGUGAACGUGAAGUCCAGCUGUGGUUACACCCCCUUGCACAUUGCUGCCAUUCAUGGUCACAAGAAGCUGAUCCGCGUCCUUGUGCACAAGUUCAAAGCCAACCCCAGUCUGAGAGACACCGGCGGCAAGAGGCCCUGGCAUUACCUAGCUCGCACCGGACCUGCAGAUCUCCUCCAGCUGCUUGGAGCUCCACAGAACCAGUACCUGCCCAGUACAGCCCGGCAGUUCGUCCCCGACAGACCAGCUUUACCAAUGGCAGCGGUGAAGAGACACAGCUCGUUUGCGGUGUUUCACAAGAAAUUCUCCAAGCUACAGGCAGCUCCGACUAUUUCUGAGUCAGCCGUCUAAAAUUGGUCCACAUUCUGUAUUUUGGUUGUAGGAUCUUCCAUAAGCACGGCCGCCGUGCAAUCCUGGGGCCUUGGGUUCAGUUUCUGUGUGGAGUUUGCAUGUUCUUCUCAUUUUCAUACAGGUUUCCUUCAGGUGCUCC